GAGAAACAAACUUUCCCGGUUUAGCCGAGAAAAUUACGCAAGGAAUUAGAGAAACACCUAUUCAAUAUACACCAGAAGAUUAUGUAAAACUUUAUACAGAGUGUUGGAAUAAUGAACCAGAUCAUCGCCCAGAUAUGAAAAAAUUAGUAAAAGCAUUCCUUUCAAGAGUUGAGAUGAAAGAAAAUGACCAAAUGUCAAAUAAUAUUUAUUUACUUGGAUAUUUUAAUCAUACUGGAAUUGGAACAAAUUGUGAUAAAAAAGAAGCUUUUGAUUUAUUUUUUAAGGCAUCAAAUCAAAACAAUAUACUAGGACAUACUUAUGUUGGAAUAUAUUACCUAUAUGAAAAUGAGACUAUUCCGAUAAACGGUAAACUUACCUUUAAAUAUUUUAAAAAGGUGGCAGACAAAGGAUUAACAUGGGGACAUUCAGUAAUUGGAUAUUUAUAUAAACAUGGUAUAGGAGUUGAACGUAAUUUUAAGGUUGCUGUUUAUUGGUUUGAAAAGGCCUCAGAGCAAGGAAAUUUAUCAGCCACGAAUUAUCUCGGUGAUUGUUAUAAAUUCGAACAUGGCGUUCAACAAGAUAAAAACAAAGCAUUCGAAUUAUAUAAAAAAUCAGCGGAAGGAGGUCAUCAGUAUGGAAUAGCAAAUUUAGGAUAUUGUUAUCAGGAAGGAAUUGGCACUGAAGUUGAUUUAGUAAAAGCGCUUGAAUGUUACGAAAGAGCUGCAAAUGAUGAUUGUGCAUCUGCAAUGGACAAACUAGGACACUUGUAUAUUGAGGGACUUGGCGUCGAGAAAGACCAUGAUAAGGCAUUUGAUUACUUUCAAAGGUCGGCCAAUAAAAAUUAUGCGUGCGCUCUAACAAAUUUAGGUGAAUGUUAUCGCAAAGGGUACGGAACCGCUGAAGAUAUGCAAAAGGCAUUUGAAUAUUUUGAAAAGGGCGCCAAAUUAAAUGACUGGAAAGCUCAAUAUAAGCUAGGCGAACUUUAUGGUAAUGAGGAAGGGACUGACUUUGACUUGGAUAAAGCAAUAAAAUGGUAUAUAAAAAACGUUCAACAUGAAGAAAAACUAGGAGAAGGUUAUAAUGGUCAAAAUAGAUUAGAGUACCUUAUAAGGUACAAACUUAGAGGUGAAAUUUUUGAUGAUGAAGACUAA